CCAACAGCUACACCUACAUAUAAACAGUAUGCUUCGAGCCACGCAUUUGAGUAGUUUUGUUUUCAGUUACCAAAAUGCGACUCUACGUUGGCUUUCUGUUGGUUUUGGCCGCUAUUUUCAUGCUUGCCUUAAUCACUUGUGCUGAUUCAUCUGGAAAAUCCCGAAAUCGAGAGGAUCGUUUCGACCUAGAGAUCGAGAGAUUUAAUAACCAAGAAAGUGACAAGCUAAUGGCGUCAUGUGAAAGUACGGAGAGUGUGGAAGCCAAUAGCUGUCAGGGGAAACAAAAGAGCCACAAGAGAAAGUCAUUUAAAUUCGCUGUUUAGGAAUAAACAGCUGAGAAUACUGUGCUCAAUAAAAAUCUACUUGUAAAACAUACUAUAAA